ACUGGGUGAGCAGCACUGAGGCUCAGGCUGAACGAGCCUUAUGGCCUCCACGUGGGGGAGACGUUAGCCCACUCCGCGGUCCAGGGUCAUGUUGUUUUGCUCAUGUCUGUGACCGCUCCCGGCGGUCAGAAAGGUCAAGGCUGACGAUUCGUCAUGCUCGGAGGCCGGCAGUAUAAAAAAGACUUUGUCUUCUGAAAGUUGAGGUUUACGGUUUGUCACAGCGCCUGUUAAACCAUGUUCUCGCCCAAGGAACUCAGGAGGAGCUGCUUCUGCUCUGACCUCAGACAGCACCGUCCGCACGCCAUCCUCUUCAACAUCCUCAACCGUAAGGAUGGCCGCGCUCCAGGAGAUGACCACUGGAGUUACUCCGAUGCACACAGGUGUCACUGCGAGCAGCAGAAGCUAGUCUGCCUGACGAGCCCAGAGGUCACCUGCCCGGUGGCGUCCGCAGUCCUGCUCAAAACCGUCCACUUCAUGAAGAGCCUUCCGUCCUUCCAGCAGCUGCCCUGCAGAGACCAGCUGUCUCUGCUCCGGAGCUGCUGGGCGCCGCUCUUCGUCCUGGGCCUGGCGCAGGAGCGCACGCCGUUCGAGGUGACGGACGUACCUGCGGGCAGCAUCCUGCGAAAGAUCCUGCUCAACGACCACAACAGGGACAGUGGAGGAGCUGCCGACUCUCCGCCGACCCUCGCUGCCGUCCACAACCUGAAGUCCUGCUUGAACAAGUUCUGGAGUCUCGACCUCUCGCCGAAAGAGUACGCUUACCUGAAGGGCACAGUGCUCUUCAACCCAGAUGUGUGCAGUCUGCUGAGCUGUGAGAUGAUCGAAGGUCUUCAGCAGGAAGCUCAGUGGGCGCUGCAGGAACUCGUCCACACUCUUCACCCUGACGACCCGGGCCGGUUCUCCCUGAUCCUCCUCACGGCCUCGGCUCUGCACACGGUGGCUCAGAGCUUCAUCACCGAACUGUUCUUCAGGCCCGUCAUCGGCCGGACUGACCUUCACGAGCUCCUGACGGAGAUCCUGCUCAGCUAGCAGAGCCCGGCGCAUCGUCUCCUUCCGUUACUGGACUCUGCUUGAUUUGUUUGGACAGAAACUUGGACUGAGUCUGUCCUCCUGUACAGUUCCUCUUACAGUGAGGCCAGUUACAUUUAUGCUGUACUGGACAUUCAUAAUGUGGUCAUCAUUUCAGAUCUGCCAGCAGAUCAAUAACCUUCUGUGAUUUCAGACUCAUCAGGAAAACUGACCAGCAGCACUUACAGUCAGGAGAAAUCAGUAUUUCAGACACUUAAUAUUCUUUUUUAAAUUUGUUCAGAUAUGCACUUCAUAUUUACACACAUAAUAAUAAUAAUAAUACUAAUAAUAAUAAUACAGAGUUCUUUAUUCAUACCUUUCUUUAGGCUCAUAUACACAGUUUUGUUCAUAUUUAAAGUACAAAGUCAAAAUACAUCACUGAACUGGAAGUUUAUGAAAUAACAAAAACUAAAGUGUCUGAAUUUUGUCUCAGAUCAAAACUGUAUAUUUUUCUUUUAUAUUGUUUGAAAAUGUUUUUGCAUUGUGUGUAUAAAAAUGUCAAAGUGAACAAAAUGAAAAUAAAGUUUUGUUACACUGUCUUAGAUCCACAGUUCAGAUCUUCAUCUCCUGUAAAGAGACACAAACGCGUCCACUUUAUCUCAGCCGGGCCACCAGUUAAACUCUCUCACUGUGUGGACGUAAUGAUCUCAGCAGUUCUGCUCCUGGAGAACCUCGGUUCUGCACAUUCUAGUGCUUCCCACCUAAACAUUCCAACCCUUCAGCCAAUUGAAGGGGAAAUCCACCAACUUUUCUAAAUUCCUGCAUGAUUGAGUGUUCGAGAUGUAAACGGAGUCAUUCAGGCUGGUUUGAUGAAACUGUAGAGGAAAUUACUGAUGUUUAAAAUACAUUUUAGACCAAAACAUCCUCAGAAUGUAAUGUAAUAACAUAGUUGGAGGAGCUUUUAGUGAUGCUGUCUUAUCGUCUGGUUCUUCCUGUCCUCUAUUAAAGACCAAACAUGGAGAAGCAGCGUUUAGAUACUGUGAUGCUCUUAAAUGGACCCAGUGGACAGAGAGCAUUAGAAGAGCCGACACUGGACACUUUAAACCAGCCUGAAAACGAUCCUGUUAGAGCUUUUAGCUCAGUUUAAACACUGUUAGCUCCACUGCACUUCUGUCCUCUAACACUCUAAUUUCUAUUCUAUCUAUUCUCCUUUACUUUGUUACUUGUUCAAUUAUAAUCUGAAUUAUCUUUGUAUUUUCUCAUCUGUAAAGCUCUUUAAAAGACUGCUGUGUAUUAAAGGUGUUACAUAAAUAAACUUGCCUGUCACCUCCA